CGGGGUGUGUUUCUUGGUGUUCGGAUGACUCCUGGAGAGGGCAGGAAAGUGCAGACGCGUGGUUUGAAGCCGUCCCUCGUUUUUCCUAGGAGGGACGUUUGAAACACUCUCGGCUGGAGCCCUUUCCCCAGAUUGGGGGAAGAAUUUGGCUUUUGGGCGGUUGCAGGAAAGGACUUUGGCCUCCUGGACCCCUCCUUGAUUUGCAGCACCAUCAGAAAGAAAUGUGGUUCCUCCAGGGCACUGAAGAAUCAGGCGGCUGUUCUGGUGUCCCCUUGUCAGGGAGUGACGCAGAGCCUUCCAGCCAAUCGGAGCGCAGCGGGCUGUGCGAAACAGCGACUGGUUUUGCAAUGGCUGGAAUGCAUGCAUCUGCCACCGCUGCUGGAUUCUUAGGGGGGAGCUACAGCAAAGGGCCUGGGAGAGGUGUCGCGUGGCAACACGACGAAACUAGGGACCUCAUUGGGAUAUGGGGAAAGGAGGAGGUGCAGAGGACCCUGAAGAGCAGCUACAGAAACAUGGAUGUGUUUGAAAAGGUGGCUGCCGAAAUGAGUAAAAGGGGUCACAGCAGGACUGCCAUUGAGUGCCGCACAAAGGCGAAGUCACUGAAGAGGGACUUUAAACGUGUUGUGCAGCAUAACAAGAUUUCAGGGAACCGUCCCAAAACGCUGCCCUUCUAUAAGGAACUGGACAUUAUAGUGGGUAACAACAGAAACAUCAACCCCCCAGAGCAAUCGAGAGCCGUGGUGUGUGUUGCGGGCAACACAAGAGGUCCUGCAGCCUCAAACCCUCCACCCGUCUCUCACCCCAAAUUGGAGACCAUCAAUGAGAUGGACAUCCGCGCCUCAAGUCCGUCUCAACUGGCCUCCGGUAAGCAAGUCAAAUCUCUUUUUCUUGGAGGUUCCUGCGCUUCUCCAUGUGUGUGCAGCGCAAUUCCUGCCGUGUGAGUUGCUGAGGGGCUGAGAACACAUGCUGUCUGUGGUGUGUGGUGGGGAGAAGGGUCAAGGAGGGAUGGCCAAGGC